CACUUCUCUGUGGGAACCUUUUCGCGGCUGUUUUCUUUUUUUUUUUUUUUUUUAAUUCGAAAUGAGUCAUCCGCGACGAUCGCGUCCAGUGACGAUUGCGUGAUCCGCAGGAACGAGCGAGACAAAAUGAAAGGAGAACCGACGCGUCGUUUCCUUCUGCACUCGCGGUUUCUCAGAAUAUCCUUUGCGGUCACGAUGCCUCGCUCUCGAAUCAUUGGAAGGCCGGGAAACUCGGCGGGAGCUGGUAUCUCUCUUUCUCUCUCUCUCUCUCUGGCUUUCCAUUCGCCGUGACCUCAAAACCCUAUGUUGACCUUAGAAGGGCCGCGUCGUGGUUGCUCGCACCGCGUCGUGGUUGCUACCAGCCAGCUGAAAAAAAAAAAAAAAAAAUAUCAUUCACGCCUCCUCGGGGUGUAGCCGAGCUCGAUAAGAUAGUCGCGCGUCUGUGGCGUCAAGGCGAAUUUACACGGUUCGCACUUGAUGAUCCUCGCCUGAUGAUUCAUCCGAGCCGAAUGCAUUCGACGAAGGAGUUUUUGUUUCGACCGGGGGGUAUCGGCACCUCGAUGAAAAUAAUCGGGGAGUGAAGCGGAAUUUUCCGAUAUAGCUAUUUGAAACUACAAACACGUUUCACGGACACGUCUGAAGUUAUAGAAUUCGAAAGGGAGGAGGCAGUCACUCCGAUUAGACGAAGGAAUACAAAUAUUAUCAGAGCGAUUAUUUAAGGUAACUUUGACAUCGAUGAUUUAGAGUGACUAACGUUCGUUUAAUUUAAUCGGUGUUUAACUUAUUAGAUAGUCUAUCUCGAGUUGAGCCUUCAUGACUGAAGAGGCUUCGUAUGAUUCACACUCAUGAAUACUUCAAAAUGAUUCUAUUGACAAAGGUAUUCUCGGUGGUUUAUUUUCUAAGAAAUGGUGAUCAUUUAACAAUCAGAUAUGCUCAGGGUAGAUUUGUACUUAAAUAAUUGCCGUAGAGAGUAGACGCAACUUUAUGCUACUAUCAUAAAGUUUUAUUUAAUGUGUAUUGAUAAUUAAGCAAUAUCCAAUAAAUUUUAAUUUUUUUGUGAAAAAAAAAGAGAAAAGAUUAAGGACAGUGAAUCGUGCAGUUAGAAAUUUUGCUCGAAGCAAUUCUGCCAGUUGAAUUAAUCGUCAAUCAACGUAAUCGAAAAUUGAUCAAAAUCGACCUUAAGAUAUAAUUCGUCCGUCAUACGUAAAAACAGUCGUAAUCGAAAGACCAUGAGCACGUUGACCUAAACAUGAUCAUUCCAAAACACGUGAGAUCGCACUUUUAAUCGCGACCGGCUUACGGUUACGAUUAGAAUUCUCUUUUUACGCGUGAUGGCUUUUAAAAGGAGGCUGCGUACGACUUCCGAUAUGCAGAUCUCCGUGUUUAAUUGCCUUGCAUGAUCGGUGUCAUUGACACUCGGCGCCGUGAAGAAGAUUGCCAUUGGAUCGCUGGUCGAUCCGAUGAGAAUUCAAACACGGCACAGUAAAGAGGUUAAGACGACACUUAACCCCCCCUCCCCUCUCCGAUCGCAUAUGGUUCCCAGUUGGAACGAACGGCACUGGCGGCGUGUCGUAACACACGAACCUUAUGUGUACACUAAUUAGGACCAUUGAGGAGGAAGACGGAGAGAAGACAUUCGAUAUAUAGGACGCCACCCGUUAGCUCGUUGCCGGCGGCACGCGGUUGCGCGACGCAUUAACAUUUAACAUUAAUACCAACCCGUUCCCCCUACUAGUCUCAUCUCAUGUAUCCUCCCCCUCCUACUAGCUCUCAUCUCCUUCCCUCUCCGUUACAACGAUUGAUAUCAUUUUCACAAAUCAAGUUCUCCUCUCGAAGUCGGAAAUCCAAACAGUGACGUCCGAGCUUCUUGUUGCGAAACAAAAAUUUUAUGGCAUGAGAAAAAGGCUUUGCUUCGAUAUAUUUUAAUUUUUUUUUUUAAUGUUUUACAUAUUUAUAUGCCUCCUACACAUUUGAUUUUUAUUCCGAUAAGUACAUUGUGCAAAUGUUACACAAUUAUCACAAAUUGAUUAAAAUUUUUCAAUAUGCCAUAAUAUAAUUUCGUUAGAAAUAAAAUUUCUAAAUAUUUAUCAAAGAGACAAAUCCAAAUUUGUUAGACAUACGUAUUUUACAAUUCUUUAAAAAACCGCGUUUGUGCGGUAAAACUUUCAUUGCUAAUAACUAAUAGAUUUUGCUACAGCAGCAUAAAAUUCGUUGUGAUAGCAAAAUACUUUUUUUUAUGCAUAAUUGUAGAUUUUAAUUUUUAUGCUAGAUUGCGUUAAAUAAAUUUUGUUCGGGAUAUAUUUACAUAUUUAGAUUUUUCGUGAGAAUGUAGUUUAUUCUCUCUCUCUCUCUCUCUCUCUCUCUCUCUCUUUCAUUUCACGUUCGCUUGCGUACUUUGGCGCAUCGCCACGGCUCGUUAAUUUUCCGGAAAUGUAUUCGAACACUGUUGUAAUCGUGCGUUUGUCACGAGGUACGCUACCCUCGACGACCCGAUCACCAGGGCCCCACCUCAACCACCGAUUCUAAUCUUGAUUUACGAAUAAUAAAUGCAAAUUCGCAGGCUUGCGCUAAUGCGCCGCUUGUUUCCGGAUGAAUGCGACACUUUAAUUAAAUGGCUCGUGAUAAUACUCGACAGCCCUCGUGUUUGCCACUACGUCUGAUUCUUCAAGAAAGUGACAUAAAAAUAUUGUCAGAGAUACUAUCUAGAUGUUGUGACUGUGUCGCAGUUUUUUCUGUGCUAUUUUAACGAGAGUCAUUUUAAAUCGUUAAAAAUAAAGAAUCAUUAAAAAACGUCUCAAGAUAUGACACAGGUACAAACGAGAGGUGGCAAAUUUUGAAUAAAAUUUCCCAUACUUUUUCUUAUACUCGGAAGAGAGAGAGACAUAAGAUAUGUUUUGCAUACUUAUUAUGGAUGAACAAUUAUAUUGUUUUACCCUCCAGAAAAACCGGCCGAACACGGUCGGUCGGUCAGAACGCGCGGAGGCAACGUUUUUAAGUACGAAAGGAUCAUUCCGUUGGCGCACGUAUAACGGGGAGUCGCGCUGGAAGGCAAGGAGCCCAGGCAAAAGGCAAGGCAAGAAGACAAGGCCCGGCAAAGACGUAAGAGAAGGCUUGGCUCUCCUCCUUCUCCCUCGCUCUUUCUCUUUCUUCCGAGUUCGAGGCGAAGUCGCGUCGUCGUAUCGGCCGGCAGUCGCCACGGCCGUUUCUCAACCCUUUCGCGGUUACGUCACGUUAAAAAAGCUAUUUGGGGUCAACACCCCGCGCAACAGCGACACGUGUAGUACUCCUUGGAUCCCUCUCUGUCUUCCCCCUCUCCCCCUCCGGUUCCGCGGCGGCCCUCCACCCCGUGGUAACGCGAAGACAGCCCUCUCUCCCUCCUCCGCCUUCGCGCGCGCAAGCAAUGACGCCAUUGCUGUCACUUCCCUUCCCUCCCUUCGUCUUGCUCGCCUUCUCUAAGUGUGUUCCUUCUACUCUCACCGAGGUUUCUAAAGCUUCCUAGACGUGCCAGGGCCAGAAUUCCAGCGAAGUACUGGCAGGGAAGGGGGGGAGGCGAAGGUUGCCGGAUAGGGUUGCCAAAGUGUACAGUAAAAAGUAUCACGUUCUCUCUUUCAUUCGUCAUUAUUAUUCUUCGUUGUAUAUACAUAUGUACAUAGAAAAAAAAAAGUAUUUUGUACAGGAAAAAUUAAAUUAAAUUGAAAUAUUAUUGAAACAUUAACCCUUAAGGAAAAUAAUCAUAACAACCAAGCAAAACGUAGUGAGCUCUCUUGCAACAGAAGAAACAUUAAACGGAGAGAGAAAGAGAUGAAGAAAAAGAGAGAGACAGAGUGUAGAUAACUGGGAAGGGAUCAGACUGAAAGAAGGGGGGGAAAGGCAAAGCAGCCCUGAGCGAUACAGCCCUGGCCGUGGGCGCAACGAAAGAAUGGUAGGAGAGCCCGAGUUUCUCGAGGAGCGAGCGAAUGAGCGCGCACGCUCCGAGCUAGAACUAGCUAGAGUCUCUCGCUAGAGCGGAGCCAAGGACGCUAGACGAUCAGCAACGGUAGUCGUGAGAGUCAAACGCGACAGUGGCGCGAAGGCGGUGGUGACUCCCCUUCACCCCGGCCCACGCCGUCUACGUUGUUCCUUCACGCCCCCGAGCCCCUCCGUUCCACGAUAUUACCACCGCCGCCACCGCCGCCGCCGCCGCCGCCGCCGCCGUCGCUACCACCAUUACCGCCGCUGCCCCGAGAGUCUCUCUCCACAGCUUCCCCUUCCAGCCACUUUUUUUUUGUCUGACUAUACGCCACUCUCGCGUCCAUCGCGACAAGGCGGCCUCCUCGGUGCCUUUUUUAUCAGUCGACCGAAAAGAUCUUGCGAGGAUCCUGCCGUUUCAUCGCGCGUUCGCACUCACUUGAGAAGUGUACGCGAGAAGAGGGGGGAGGAGCAACCCUCCUCGGGCAU